AUGAAUCGGGAAAUCCCUGGGUUCUAUUACGAUCCCGAAAAGAAGAAAUACUUCAAAAUCCAGGCUAGCCAUAAAGCUGCCCCUGGGGCGCAGUAUUCGAAGGAUGCAGUGAAGAGAAAGCGGGUAGAACAUGAGAGACGUCAAAGAAAGGUUCGACUCACACAAAAACUAGCAAAGGAGAAAAUCAGAAGAGCCCCUCUGCUCAGACAUCCCCUACUGGGAACUGAACGAGAAGUUGGAGCCCAGAUUUGGUCAAGACCGUUUCGACAGGAGCAACACGGCCUGACCUAUGCGAGUCAAGUCACGCGAAAACAAAUACAUCGGUUCGAGCCAUGGCCAAACGAUUAUUCCAUCAAGCAUGUAAUACGUAACAACCGUUCUGGUAUCCUGAUUGCCAGUGGUUAUCGUGGUGGUGAAUCUUCUGUCUCCCUUUCUUUAGGGUGUGUUUCCCGGACUCUGUCCAGGAGACGUGGACAUACAAUCGGACCAUGGAACGAGUGCUGUUCAGAGAACCAUAUAGAGUAUCUUUCUUCUAUAUCCCUGAGUCAUACCGGGUACUUGCUAGCCACGAUGGAUAGCGGUCCAAAUGGUGAUUCCUUUCUAGCUCCGCGAAUGCUACCUGAUCUUGGUGAAGGAGGCGACUACCGUUGGCCUGCCUUCUUUGCACAUCCAAUUCGCAUCCGCACAGAGUCGUCUCUUUGGUGCUCGUCACCCUGUCCAGAGGGCAGCAAAGCACUGUUCGCCAUCGGAACAUCCGAAGGCCUCCAGACGUUAGAGGGCUUAGGCAGUUACUGGGCCCUCUUGAAGAAGCCCUUUGCGAACGAUGUCAUCACAGGGAAACCGACCUCGCAUCGACGUACCGAUUCAUCUCAUGCACUUGUGGCAAGCGUCGAAUGGUUAUCAGCGCAUGUCAUUGCUGCUGGUCUCAAAGACUCGGCAGUCUUCCUCCACGAUCUACGAAGCGGAGGCACUGCGACACGUCUUCAGCACCCCCACGCAGUCACAAAGAUCAGAAGAGUCGAUCCUUACCGAAUGGUCGUCGCAGGCCUAAACUCACUCCAAAUGUACGACAUCCGCUACCCAGCAAACGGCCUCCAGCGCAACCCAAACCCCAACCGUCCAAGCCACACCUCUACCAGACCCUAUCUCUCAUUCUCCGAUUACUACCCCGAAGUCAUCCCCGACUUUGACCUAAGCCCUGAGCUGGGGCUGCUCGCAAGCGGACAUCAAGCCUCCGACGACUGCAAGGUUCAGCUAUUCUCCCUUCGUACCGGAGACCAGGUCUCCUCUCCUCUGUCGAAAUACCAGUACUCGCACUCCAUCUCUUCGCUUCGGUUCGAAUCGGGCGAGAAGUCUUUCCAGGGACCUCAGACGCCCAGUCUGCUGGUUUGUUCAAGUGCCACUGUUGAUGAGUGGAUUUGGUGA